GGGUUAUGUUUACGACAUUUCAUAAGUACCUGACCUGCAUUGGAAACUGGGCGAUUCUUUUCUCGGUAGCUGUAGAUAUUGUUGGAUUGGAUUUUCGAUACGUGGAAGGGACAAGUACGCACCACGUAGAGCGAUUAUAUAAUUGAAGGGUCUGUUAUAAUCGCCUUUCCAGUGAAAAAGUGGUUCAAGAAUUUAGGAAUGCACCAAUCCUUCGAUUGGAAUAUUGAUUUUUUCCCUUGCAUUGCGAUGUGCUCUACGUGCAAUUCUUCGUUCUGUAUCGAUGUUGCUGCUGCUGUUUAGUACACAGAUGUUUAGUGUGGGUGACCCUAAGUAAAGCAGAUGCGAUUAAAGGAAUAAACAGCUCGAAACGCGCCCCGCAACAUUGCAUAGGAGAAUAUCGUGUAACGGAGUGGUUCGCGAAAGAAAUACGCGAAACAAACUCAUCAUCGGUUAGUGUGUAGGUGUUUCGGUUCGGAAAAGCGAUCUCGGAAAAACACGCGAACCACCCGAACCAAAUUACACGAUAGUUUUCCCCAAUCUGAUCACGCCGCGAAGCAAUACACACAUUGAAAGCAGGGAAAACAUGAGCUCGUUGCCUUCCUCAGCAUCAAAUGGAGUGGCGGCAGGGACCGCUGGCCAGCCCUUGAUCGCGUACAACAUCGAUUGGAUUUUCCCCAGGCUGCGACGUCCUUCGCGCCUUUGGCAUAUCGCCAGCGUCGGAGUGAUUGGACUGGUUGGAUUUUUCUCCAAGAUUGCAAUCGUAUGGCUCAAUAAACCACGUGUCCACAAUAUCGGAGUGCUGGAGAAUGCCCUCGAGAAUCGGGAGAAAGGCAUCCCACUGCUGACGGUUUCAAAUCAUCACUCGUGCUUCGACGAUCCCGGCAUAUGGGGACUGCUGAAUCUUCGACUAUUGAAACUGCGUCACGUUUGCAACAAAAACAUUAUUCGGUGGUCGAUGGCAGCUCAUGAUAUAUGUUUCACCAACAAGUAUCAUUCGCUUUUCUUCAUGUAUGGCAAGUGUAUACCGGUAGUGCGUGGGGCUGGCGUGUACCAACCGGCGGUCGAUCUGUGCAUAGAGAAGCUGAAGCAGGGUCAUUGGGUGCAUGUUUUUCCCGAAGGGAAAGUGAAUAUGACCAAGGAAGAUCUCAGAUUCAAGUGGGGCGUUGGGCGGAUACUUUACGAAGCGCCCAUAUUGCCAAUCAUCAUUCCAAUCUGGCAUAUUGGGAUGGAUACGGUGCUUCCAAACGAGCCUCCCUACUACUUAAGGAUAGGUAAAAAAUUGACAUAUAAUUUCGGGCAACCGAUCGAUUUGAACAGUGUGAUGGAGCGACUGAAAGAGUCCGCUGUUAGUGAGGAAGAGGCGAGGAAGAUCAUCACAGACAAAAUUCAGGAGGAAAUGAUGAUUCUCAAAGAGGAAACUGAACGGUUACACCAUGACUACAUUAAGAGCUGAGCUGCGGAACCACGUCGAUCCGAGUGUCGACGUACAUCCAGCCAAACAAACGAGGGACCCACACACCCAAGAAACAUCCGAUAAUAAACGGAAACGAAAACCAUAAUUUUAAGAUAUAUUCCAGCCGAUGCACCAGCCGAUUUAUGUACUUGCUCGAUCCAGAGCCCGUCCAUCGAAACAUGUGGCAGCAGCAGAUAGCAGAGAGAGAAUGGGAGUGAGCAAUUUUUGCCAUAUUAAGCACACAAACACAAACACUUUUGUUGCUUCUGUGAGGAUACUCGAGGUACUGCCUGUUUCAUUUUCCACCUAAGAUAGCAUAAUUAGAAACCGUUAUUGGGUCUUGCGUUGAAGGAAUUUCUAGUCAGUAUGAGGUUUGGGCGAUUGGCGGUGUUGGACAAGAGCUAAGCAACUGUGUUGCUUUAUAUUUUAUAUUCAUUAUUUCGAAAAAGUUGUUCUUUGAAUCAUUUUAUCAUUUUAUUUUUCAAUUUAUUGUCUUGCUGUUGCAUAAAAAUAUUUUUUUCAAAAUAAUAUAUUUAGGCAUCAAACAUUUCGUCAUCUUUGCAAUUGUAAGCCAUCAUUGAAAAUAAGCGAUAGACGGCAGGACUAAAAAUUGAGCGGAUCGGAGCACCGAGCCGCCUUCUGCGUGUAUAUUUUGUUGAGGGCUGUCGUGAACUUUGCUACAUAACACAAUCCACGAUGAAGGAUAGUUUUUGCACAAGGUUCUCUCAGUGCGGAUGGCAGGACAAGCCCCAAGUCAUCCUAUAGCGUCAGUCCAUAUCUCUUACCGAAUAAUGUUGAUAAAAAUAUUAUGAAGCAACAUAUACGGGAACGAAAAUUUAGGAAUGACGAAAAGAAAAAGGCAACGGCGGCGUCCAAUCUAAAAUUAAAGAGGCUCUUAAAAUCCGUUGUUUCGGACAACCCUGUAUGAACAGAUAAUGAAUAAAGUAGACAAUUUCAUUAGAUUUCUUAAACAGAAUCGCGAGCAGAGUCUUUCCUUAAUUUUAUGAAACAACAAAAAAUAUUAUACAAGUAGUUUUCUAUCGGUGAUUUUUUGAAGAAAAGGUUCCUAGUUUCACCCCAAAAAAAUCCACGUAACGUUAUAAAUGCGGAUUUUGAACCCCUCCUCCUAAUGUAACAAUAAGUAACGCAAGACAAACCCCCUCCCCCUUAAGUUACGUAACGCCAACAGAAUCUGUGCACAAAGUCAAACUUUUUUUUUUAAAGUUUUCAUAAUAUUGUAGCUUUAAUUAAGUUCAAAUGUUCUUAGACCGAAGUUAUUGGAAAUGUACUAGAAUAAUCCUCAUCUACUGCUAAUUGUAAUUCGGUAUCUGAGUCUUCGUCCGUCCAAAUCGACUCGUUAUUUUCUACCACUAAUAUCUCGUUUCCUCGAUUUGAAAUAGCUUUUUUGGGGUACUAACGUUUAUGAACUACUUGAUAACAUGUUUGACAUGUUUGAUCCUGGCUAAUCCUGGAAGAACUUUCGACAAGUUCAUAAAAUUUCGAACAAACAGAGAUGGAAUCCAGAGAAAAUUGAUGCUCCCAUCUUUUGGGAUAGGUACUUUCAAACUAUGUGGGAUAUGACUGAGAGGAACAGGAGCUGGUAUAAAUUCAUGUUGAUUUACACAAAAGUAACUACUCCUUGGUUCAAUGCAGCAGUUCCUAUCGUUAUAUUUCAGUUUUUGCUAAAAGUAUGUAUGUAUGAAUGUCCUUACGAGACGAGCUUGGUGGGCUCAAUAUAUUAUUCUUUAACGGGAUAUCCAUCGACCUGAAUUAUUGUAGUAGCAACGAAUAUUGCAUCAAAAUCCAAGUGAUAAAAAUAAUGAUCCACCAUAUAUAUGGCCUUUUUAUAACGAGAGUUCUCGUCUGGUCCUCCAUCCACAGUCAUUCUGAUUACUGGUUACUGAUUACAGAUUAUUACUUACUGAUUACUGAUUAUUUAAGCAGCUCGCACUUCCUUUUAAAAUCGAGCUCAUGAGAAAAUACGUACGAAGAACAGUGCCUCGAACAAACUGCAACGUACGUUGCCCAAAUAUGCACGUAACGGGUGUUCAAUGAAACAUAGCAAUUUCUUCAUUGAUAUAGUAGAACUAAAAAAAAAUAUUUCAAGCACUUCAAUAUUUUUUAUUCAAAACGUAACACAACAUAAACAUAAAAGUCAGCGAAUGUUGGUAAAGGGGCCGUGCUCAGCCAUACGGUGCAUCUUGGUGAAGAUGCUCUCACAAGAGCGCCGGACGGCACUGACAUCCAUCUUCCGGAAGCAAUUCCGGGUCCUUGUGGUCAGCUGCUUGGUGUCCGUGUCCAAUUAUUCUUGUACAAUUAUUCUUCUACAAUUAUUCUUGUACAACAGGGCACUGAGGGAGUCGAAAAAAUCCUCGAUCGGACGGUACUGACCCAAGAUGGUCGGGUUUCGUUCCUUGGUUAACGUCUUCUUGACGUAAUGAAAAGACUCCAUGCCCGGCCAGAAGACGUACUUCCUAUCAGAAUGAUGCUCCUCUAAGAACAGAACCAGAUCUUCUCCAGGCACUCUUCCUGGUUGAUGACAAGUCCGCUCGGCUUGUUAAAUCAGCGCUUUGAACUCCCUUUGUCGGAGAUUGCAAUAUACAGUAUAACUUUCUUCUUACGAUAUAACUUACUUCACCCCGGGGGUGUGGAUGCCUUGUCGCUGGUAUAGUGCCUGUCAUUGCCGGAAAUGUGGGACUUUGAUUUAUUUUAAUUCAAUUGAAAAACGCAUUACGUCGGUUUAUGCGAACAUUGUGUUGGUUGAUCGUUUAUUCGCAAUCAUAACGUAGACUAGUAUGUUGCUGUUCUUACCUCACGUAUCAACUAAGAUUUCCUCCGACUGUUGACAGUCACAGCGAUUGCAGGAAAGAAAGAAAUUUGGGAAAAAAAUUCUAAACAUCUUGAAGAGGCUUGAAGAGGAUUUGCUGCAGUCGUUAUACUAGUUCCGAAACGGAAAGCGAGAGUGAUACGGAUCUGCCAAUCGCGUGGCAAGACGCUUGUCAACCGGAGGUCCUGGUUCCAUGCUCGAUGCAACGCAGGGCAGAACAAAAAUUGGAAUCUGAUCAGAUCUUCGUCAAUCGAAAUCCAUCGAAUUACUCUGAAGUUUUUGGAGGUGGAACACAUUUAUUUGUCAGCUGAUUCAUUACACGUGUCAGUAGAACGAAUUAUGAAGUAUGUUCCUCGUGGAGAGGUUCAUAGCUUUUAAGACUUUGGUGGGUGUGUUGAAAAGUCCGAGGGCACCAUUGAACCAUAGGUUUGUGAAAUGCAACCUUUAAAUUUCUUCGAGUGUUCAGUUCAAUUUAAAAAUCAGGUCAAAGAUUCCUAACAUAACACAAAUAAUCUCUAUGACUACAUUGAGAGUUGUUGUAGAGUUGUUUACGAAGAAUCAGCAUUCAAAAAUCACGGAAAGAUUUGGCGGAGGAGAUACGUAACUACUGGAUCAAUCUUCCGAAAAAUAAAGAAGCUCGUAAAGGCUUUUAGAAUAGAUAUGUAACAAUUUAGUCAUGUCAACCUAAUUUUGAUAUAACUAUAUACGUGACAUGUAGAAGCAUAUGUAUGAUGAGUGCCUUUCUAAUAUUUUCAUAUGUAUUUCAUUCGCAAGCAAAAUUUUGCUACGAUUAAGAUGAUUUUGAGAAGCGAUUAGAUGAAUACAUGAGUAGUAACUCUAUUUACUCCUGAAUAAUCAAUGCAGUGGUUGACGAAAUGUUAUUCCACUUCUGCUCCUUCGAGAGCAACAGUUUAUCGGUGGUUUAGUGAAUUCAAAAUGGGCCGUACAAGCACCGCAGAUGCAUCUCGCUCUGGAAGGCCAAAAGAGGCUACGAAUACAGAAAUCAGAAAACAAGUGCAUCGAUUCGUUUUGAACGAAUGUAAAGUGAAGUUACGCGAGUUAGCUGAGGCCGCAGGCAUUUCAAAAGAGCGAGUGGGAUACCUUUGUAAUUUUGGACAUGAACAAGCUAUCCGCACGAUGGGUGCCGCGUUUUGGUCGCCCAAAAACCGCGGCGCGUUGAUGAUUCAACAGCCGGUUUGGCGUUGUUGAAACGUAAUCGAGUGGACUUCUUUCGACGUUUUGUGACAAUGGAUGAAACGUGGAUCCAUUACUACACUCCUGAGUCCAAUAGGCAGUCUGCAGAGUGGCACUGAGGCAUAUUUCCAACAUAGACGUUUCGUACUACAGAAAGGGGGAUCGAAAUGUUGGAAACUCGCUAUAUCAAGUGUAUUGCCCUCGAAGGAAACUACGUUGAGGAAUAAAUACAGCUUUGCCCAAAAAACGAUUGUGUUCAUUGAAAAUCCCGGGACUUUUUAGCCCAUUUAGUAUGUGGCCAUGGCCUCGGAACAUGUUUCAACCAUGUCUCCGGAACCUGCGAAGUUCGAUUCUAAAAUAAUUCAAGACUGUGGGUCCAUUUAUUAUACAAAAAUAUAUAUAUUUAUAUAU